CGCGGCGGGCUUUAGGCGGCGGCGCCAUGGAGCGGCCCGGGAGCGCCGAGGGGGCCUGGGCCGCGCUGCUGGGCCGGCAGCACCCGCAGGCCCGGGAGUUCUGCCCGGGGGUGAACAACCGGCCCUACGUGUGCGAGACCGGGCACUGCUGCGGGGAGAGCGGCUGCUGCACCUACUACUACGAGCUGUGGUGGUUCUGGCUGCUCUGGACCAUCCUGAUCCUGCUGAGCUGCUGCUGCGCCUUCCGGCACCGCCGGGCCAAGCUGCGCCUGCAGCAGCAGCAGCGGCAGCGUGAGAUCAACCUCAUCGCCUACCACGGUGCCUGCCAGUACCCGCCCUCCUCGGGGGACCUCCGGCUGCUGGCCUCCUUCAAGCUCCCGGCGUACGAGGAGGUGGCGCAGCGCCCCGGGACGCCGCCGCCGCCCUACAGCCCCGGGAGCCCCUCGCUGUCGCCGGGCUCCUCCGGGGGCUGCAGCUCCUGCUCCUGUGGCUGCUCCUGCGCCUCCUCCCCCAGCAGCUCCUCGCUCUCGGCGCCGGCCACCGACGAGACGGACCCGGAGCCGGGCCCGGGCACGGGGGGUGGCAGUACUGGCCGUGACUACGGCUCCAGCAGCACCGGCACCGGUGCCAGCUGGGACCUGCCCCUGCCAGAGGAGCUGCCAGCCCGCGGGGGCCCCCCCAAACAAGUGCCCCCGGACUUGUGUGAGGCUGAGGGACACCCCUGCUCCAACACCGAGGGGGGUGAGGGUGGGGCAGGCAGAGCUGGGCCAGGGGGAUGCCCCGGGCGGCACCGGCGGCUCACGGGGGAUUCGGGCAUCGAGGUGGGCCGGGGUGUGGAGGAGGAGGAGGGUGAGCCUGAGGGCUGUGGGGGAGCAGGGGGUGGUGGGGGGCCCGGCUCACCUGUGCUGCCUGUCUGACCUCCCCCCACAGGACCCCCAACUGGGCUCUGGACUCAUCAGGGAGCCCCUGGGGGCCCCUCGCCCCGAGUGACACCCACCUUGCAGUGUGGUGGGGUCCUGCUGGAGCCCCCUCCCCUCCAAACUGCUCCUGGGGCCUCCCCUGUGAUCCCGGUGCUGCUGCCCGGGGGGGCCCCAUCGCCCGGGGGGUGCCUGAGGCCAUGGGGGUGGGUGGGAGGUCCCGGCGCGUUCUCUCACCAUUAAAGAGAUGUGGAAGUA